AUGGGGGCAGGGGGUGGGGAGGGGGGGGGCAAGCAAAACGGGGAAGUAUAUGCGGAUGGGGGGGGUCGGCAGCGGGGGGGGGCGUGUGCGGCGGGCGCCGGCGGGGGGCGUGGGGUUGGGGGGGGAAGGGAGCGAGCAGUGCGACACGCGCUCGGGACCACCCCACCUCCCACGUGCUCCACACAGGGGACUGCUAGUAGUCCAUAG